ACCGGGUUCUCUGGCGAGUGUGGCGGUAGAAGGGUUUUGGCUUUUCGGAGGGCCUCGGCUCCAGCUCCAGCUAUGUGGACAGCAGACGAGAUUGCUCAGCUGUGCUAUGCACACUAUCGUGGCAAAUUACCCAAGCAGGGGAAGCCUGAGCCAAAUCGUGAAUGGACUUUGUUGGCAGCUGUGGUGAAGAUACAGUCUCCAGCUGACCAAACUUGGGACACCACUGAUAAGGAAGUGCAAGUGACAAAGGAAGUUGUCUCAAUGGGAACAGGAACAAAAUGCAUAGGCCAGUCCAAGAUGAGGAAGAGCGGAGACAUCCUCAAUGACAGCCAUGCUGAGAUCAUAGCCAAAAGAAGUUUCCAAAGGUACCUUCUCCAUCAGCUCCAUCUGGCGGCCGUCCUGAAAGAGGAUAGUAUCUUUGUGCCAGGAACCCAAAGAGGACUGUGGAAGCUCAGACCUGACCUGUCUUUUGUGUUUUUCUCUAGCCACACACCCUGUGGGGAUGCCUCCAUCAUUCCAAUGCUGGAGUUUGAAGAACAACCUUGCUGUCUUGUCAUCAGCAAUGGGGUCAACAACUCACCUGUGGAAAGGAGUGAUAAUCUAGAGGAUUCCAAAGAUAAAAGGGAUUGUGAAGACCCUGACAGCCCUGUAGCCAAGAAGAUGAAGCUUGGAGCUCCUGCCAGGGCGCUCUCCAGUGGCCUCGCUCACCAUGGGAUGCAGGAAAGCGGUACAGUCAAACCAGAUGUCAGCAGCUCUGGUCUCACCACGGAGGAGGAGCUGGAUGCUGCCAAGGGAACAGCUCCAGGGAGGUUCCGAGUGGUGGAUGUGCAUAGAACGGGAGCCAAGUGUGUUCCCGGAGACACGGGGGACCUGAGAAAGCCAGGUGCUGCCUACCACCAGGUGGGGCUGCUUCGAGUAAAGCCGGGCAGGGGAGACAGGACGUGCUCCAUGUCCUGCAGUGACAAGAUGGCACGGUGGAACGUCCUGGGAUGCCAGGGCGCACUGCUGAUGCACUUCCUGGAAAAGCCCAUCUACCUGUCAGCUGUGGUCGUCGGGAAGUGCCCAUACAGCCAGGAAGCCAUGAGGAGAGCCUUGACUGGCAGUUCCCUCCUCCUCAGGUGUCAGGAGGUCUUGGAUUUACCCCGAGGCUUUGGAGUUCCUGAACUGAAGAUAGAGCAGUCGGGUUUGCUGUUCGAACAGAGCCGCCGUGCAGUGCAAGUGCAAGUGCAAAGAGCCGACGGAGCGGGCCGGCUCGUUCCUUGUGGGGCAGCUAUCAGCUGGAGUGCUGUUCCUGAGCAUCCUUUGGAUGUGACUGCCAAUGGUUUUCCACAGGGAACAACCAAGAAAGAAAUUGGAAGCCCUCGGGCCAGAUCCCGAAUCAGCAAGGUGGAACUCUUUAGAUCAUUCCAGAAGCUGCUGAGCAGCAUUGCAGAAGACAAGCAGCCAGACUCUGUCAGGGUGCAGAAGCUGGACACCUAUCAGGAGUACAAGGAGGCUGCAGCUGCCUACCAGGAAGCCUGGCGCGCACUCCGAAGGAAACAGCCGUUUGCAUCCUGGAUCAGAAACCCACCUGACUACCACCAGUUUAAGUGAACUCUUGCUCAUAUCAGGACCCUUCAUAUUGAUCUGCCUCUCCCUUCAUGCUGAGCAAACCUCUGCUUUUCUGGUGGUUACAUCGGAGAAGAAAGAAACGCCAUCUCUCAGCGCCGCACCUCUUUGGUGUCCUGUAGAUGGAACCUGGACCUCAUCAAUCUGCACUUGAUUGGAGUAGCUCCUUGCUAAAGUGGCCUCUCGAUACUGACUGUGGUAUCUGCCUUCAGUAGUGCUUCAUUGGUGCUCCAUACUGCAACAUCUGAGUUCGGAACCCGAUGCUUUUUAACGUGAUCUGCAGCAGCUCUGCCUUAUGUUGUCCUACACUGAUUCGGCAAAUGUUUAUUGGGCUGAAAUGAUAUUAGAAUAUCUGGAAACUUUGUAGCUUCUCCUGGAGUAGUGAACAUGUAUUUCAUAUUCCAAA